GGACUUUUACUUUGAUGAAAAAAAUCCACAACUGCGCAUAUUAGGAUUUAGUUAGGAACAUAUAUACAUACUCGUGCAAUUUCAACCCUGUUCGCCGUCUCCAUCCACCAUUUCUUGUCGCCGUCACCACCACACUGUCUCACAUCGCCAAUACUUCACCCCAUCUGUCCCGUUCCAUCUCCGCCAUCUGCCGCCCGCUUCUCGUCCUACGUUCAAGGUUAUGCUAACCGGUGCCAGGAAUCUAGCAUAAGUAGUUUGUUCUUUCAUUAGUCUCCUCGCGCAAAAGGCUUCCCUCCUUCAAAUAACCUUGAGGACGUAAAGCAAAGAAUUAAGAACAAUGUCGUUUAUGAAAGGAGAUUUUCUUUCUCGAACCAGAAAGCUUGUGAAGGGUUUCGCCAAGGCCGAACCUGUGUGGCUCAAAGCCAUGGAACAGUUAAUCUCUUGAUUUUCAUGGCACCACCAGCAACAUUUCCUCAACCUCAGGGUAAAAUUCAGACCAUUACUCUUCCUGAGGAUGUUUAUGUUAAUAGGUUUUAUAAAAAAUACCCAGAAUCAAAAUACAACGAUCCCAUCAAGUUUUCUGCUAUCGAUCCCCCUCCAUCUCGUAUAUUCGGAUUAAGGGUUCUCGAUUUGAAAGAGCAGGGCAUUGGUGAGGAAGAAGCAAUGGAUGUAGCUGAAAUGGAAUAUCUAGCAGAUAAGAAGGCAAAGAAGAAAGCAUAUGCUCGUUUGAAGCAAAUUGCACGCCUUCAAGGAAAGAGACUUCCUCCAAAUCCAUAUCCUUGUCCUAUCAAGGAGAUUCAAGCUGAGGAGAAGAAAUAUGUUCGUGAACGUUUCUUCGAUCCCGAGAUACUUGAAAUUGUGAAGCAAAAGAAAGAAGAAAAGCAGCAGAGAUUUGGAGGAGGUAAUUGGUGAUUUUCAGGGUAAAGCUGGGUGAUUGGCGCGCGCACAUGCCAGCCCGUCAGUCACUAUAAAGUACCUACUUAUGUCCUGAUAUUAAGUACUUUUUUGUUAUUUUAAAUCAACUCUGGUAGAAUGUUUUGCCAAUAUUUCAUGGCACUCCAUUAUGAAAUCUUUGUCAGUAGACAUACAUACAUACAUCUACGUAUUACUUGCUAGUUGCUACUAAGGGUUUGGAAUCAAUUGUGGUGCCUAAAUAAAUUUUGCUACCAUUUUUCGGAGUCAACAGUUAAUUGUGAAUUUCUCAUUGUAAACUGGUGGAAUUUGUUGUCGAUGCA